UUCUCCUCCCUCUCCGGUAGCCGGAGCCCGAGACCCCACCCCGGGGGCGGAGCCCUCGCAGUGACACGUCGGACAGCGGCGGCGGCGGUGGAGGCUUCCGUACCGAAAGCGGAGACCCUGCGCGAUCCUGAACGGCGGCCGGAGCGGGAUUGGAGCGCGUCCCCGGGGGGUUCGGCUCGGCCGCCAACUCUGCUCGGCGGGGUGGGAGCGGGCCAGCCGCUUGGCCCGGGGCCUCCGGAUCCGCCCCCUCCCCGGUCCCGCCCCCUCGGAGCCUCCGGCUGCUCUGGGGCUGCUCCCGGGCUGGGGCCCGCGGUCCGGGCGCCAUGCGGGCAUCGCUGCUGCUGUCGGUGCUGCGGCCCGCAGGGCCCGUGGCCGUGGGCAUCUCCCUGGGCUUCACGCUGAGCCUGCUGAGCGUCACCUGGGUGGAGGAGCCGUGCGGCCCAGGGCCGCCCCAACCCGGGGACUCUGAGCUGCCGCCGCGAGGCAACACCAACGCGGCGCGCCGACCCAACUCAGUGCAGCACGGAGCGGAGCGCGAGAGGCCGGGCGCCGGCGCCGGGGAGGACUGGGAGCCGCGCGUCUUGCCCUACCACCCCGCACAGCCUGGCCAGGCCGCCAAAAAGGCCGUCAGGACCCGCUACAUCAGCACCGAGCUGGGCAUCAGGCAGAGGCUGCUGGUGGCAGUGCUGACCUCACAGGCCACGUUGUCCACUAUGGGCGUGGCCAUGAACCGCACACUGGCGCACCGGCUAGAGCGGGUGGUGUUCCUGACAGGCUCUCGGGGCCGUAGGGCACCACCAGGCAUGGCUGUGGUGACGUUGGGCGAGGAGAGGCCUAUUGGCCACCUACACCUGGCACUACGCCACCUGCUGGAGCAGCACGGCAACGACUUUGACUGGUUCUUCCUAGUACCUGAUACCACCUACACCGAGGCCCACGGACUGGUGCGCCUAGCUGGCCACCUCAGCCUGGCAGCUGCUGCCCACCUCUAUCUGGGCCGGCCCCAGGACUUCAUCGGUGGAGAGCCUGCCCCUGGCCGCUACUGCCACGGAGGCUUUGGGGUACUGUUGUCCCGCACCCUGCUGCAGCAGCUGCGCCCCCAUCUGGAAAGCUGCCGCAACGACAUCGUCAGUGCGCGUCCAGAUGAGUGGCUGGGACGCUGCAUCCUCGAUGCCACGGGGGUGGGCUGCACUGGUGACCACGAGGGAGUACAUUAUAGCUACCUGGAGCUGAGCCCUGGGGAGUCCGUGCAGGAGGGGGACCCUCGUUUCCGCAGUGCCCUGACCGCCUACCCUGUGCGUGACCCUGUGCAUAUGUACCAGCUGCACAAGGCUUUUGCCCGAGCUGAGCUGGAACGCACAUACCAGGAGAUCCAGGAAUUGCAGUGGGAGAUCCAGAACACCAGCCGUCUGGCAGCUGAUGGGGAGCGAGCAGCCGCUUGGCCCGUGGGCAUUCCAGCACCAUCCCGCCCAGCCUCCCGCUUUGAGGUGCUGCGCUGGGACUAUUUCACUGAGCAGCAUGCUUUCUCCUGUGCCGAUGGCUCGCCCCGCUGCCCUCUGCGUGGGGCUGACCAGGCCGAUGUGGCCGAUGUUCUGGGGGCAGCCUUGGAGGAACUCAACCGCCGCUACCACCCAGUCCUGCAGCUCCAGAAGCAGCAGCUGAUUAAUGGCUACCGUCGCUUUGAUCCUGCUCGGGGUAUGGAGUACACACUGGACUUGCAGCUGGAGGCACUGACCCCCCAGGGUGGCCGCCGGCCCCUCACUCACCGGGUGCAGCUGCUACGGCCACUGAGCCGCGUGGAGAUCUUGCCUGUGCCCUACGUCACCGAGGCCUCACGUCUCACUGUGUUACUGCCUCUGGCCGCGGCCGAGCGGGACCUGGCCCCUGGCUUCCUGGAGGCCUUCGCCACAGCAGCUCUGGAGCCUGGCGAUGCUGCGGCAGCUUUGACCCUGCUGCUGCUCUAUGAGCCACGACAGGCCCAGCGGGCAGCCCAUGCAGAUGUCUUUGCACCUGUCAAGGCCCAUGUGGCAGAGCUAGAGCAGCGUUUCCCCGGUGCCCGAGUGCCCUGGCUCAGUGUGCAGACCGCCGCCCCCUCACCACUGCGCCUCAUGGAUCUGCUCUCCAAGAAGCACCCGUUGGACACGCUGUUCCUGCUGGCGGGGCCGGACACGGUGCUCACGCCUGACUUCCUGAACCGUUGCCGCAUGCACGCCAUCUCCGGCUGGCAGGCCUUCUUUCCCAUGCACUUCCAGGCCUUCCACCCAGCUGUGGCCCCACCGCAGGGCCCGGGCCCCCCGGAGCUGGGCCGAGACACGGGCCGCUUUGACCGCCAGGCGGCCAGUGAGGCCUGCUUCUAUAACUCUGACUAUGUGGCGGCCCGAGGGCGGCUGGCGGCGGCCUCGGAGCAGGAGGAGGAGCUCCUGGAGAGCAUGGACGUGUACGAGCUGUUCCUCCGCUUCUCCAGCCUGCAUGUGCUGCGGGCAGUGGAGCCGGCGCUGCUGCAGCACUACCGGGCCCAGACGUGCAGUGCACGGCUCAGCGAGGACCUCUACCACCGCUGUCGCCAGAGCGUGCUGGAGGGCCUGGGCUCCCGCACCCAGCUCGCCAUGCUGCUCUUUGAGCAGGAGCAGGGCAACAGCACCUGAACCCACCCCGUACCCCAAAACCCUGGCCUGGGGGUGCUUCUCCCCAACCACCCGGAGCCACCUGUCAGCCUCCCUGGACAGGGCUGGCUGGCCACAGCCUCAGACUCCAGGACAGCCCACUGGCCUCUCUCUCUGGCUUUGUGGGUGCUCUGGCUCAGGAGAAGCCCCACGGGAGGUGCCCUCAGAGCCACCCCUUCCUGCCCCUGACACUGCUGACUCAAGCUGUGGCCUCAAUAUUUAUGUAGUGCAGUCGCCUGACGCCAGGCCUGCCUCUAAAUCCAGGGGCUGGGCUGUAGAUGACUUGUUGGGAAAGGGGGGAGCUGAAAGGAGGAAUGUGGGGUGUCUCCCAGCUUCUCCCUUCUGGACCCCGAUGAAGCUCUCUGCCUUUAAUAAACUGGCUGAGUGUGGACUGGUGAUUCUGGGUUUUUGAAAGGUAGGUAGGGGGCAGGGAGAGCUGACAGUGAGGAUGGAAGCUGUCCUGGCUAGGCCUGGAUUUCCU